AAAAUUAAUUCAAUCCCAAAUAUCAUCAGUCCUCAGUCACCUGCGGCUGCGAAACCCAUAAACCCUUAAUCUGAGUUGUCUCCAUCCUUCUUCCUAAAACCCUCGUCACAUCUCUCCUUCCCUUUGGAACAUAUUAACAAACACAUCAUGAGCUCUUUCACCAGCGGCACCACCAACUUCGACAAUCUCCUCCUCCAGACCUUGAUGGGCCGUCUACAAAUCCAACCACCACUACGACACAACAACCCUCUUCCUUCCCAAUCCCUCGAAGACCUCCUCUUCCACGCUGCCAAUCUCUCUGAUUCCGACGAUGAUGGCAACGAAAACAAGACCCAGCUCGCCAAAGAAGAAUCUAAGCUCGAGAAGGAUAUUAUUCGCCUCAUCCUCUCGGGAAACACUGAUUCCUUGAAACCCAACUCGGGCCAGGCGGUGACAAUAGGGGAGCACCAUAUUUGUGUUGCAUUUCAUGAGGAGAAAGGAUCGGAUUAUCGGGUAUGGGAGUGGCACGGCCAUAUAAUGUUGUUUGAUGAGGAGAAUGGGUACACGCCUGAGUAUAUAUAUGGGAAUUACUUUGAGAGAUUGCAGGGGAAGACUCGCGGGCCCACGAAAGAGGAACUGGAGGAGGAGGACGAGGAUGAGGAGGAAAAGGUGGAUAUAGUGGGGAACAAGGGUCUUAGGGAGUUGAUCGAUACAGGGGAUUCAUGUGGAGCUCGCAUUCUUCACCGGAAUAUCAAUGCGGGCUCGCCAAAGUUUUAGCUGAGAGAAUGACUUGUUUAAAGCAAGAAGUUUAUGUGUUGAAGUGGAAGGCUGCUUUCAGGAUCACUUAGUGUCUCAUCCCAAUUGCCCGCCGCAAAUUGGGGUACUGUAGAUCAUUUGCGCAGUUACUGGCACUCAUCUGGUGCCUGCUGUAGUUUCUCUAUUUUGAGUGAAAAUAUAUGUUGGACAGACUGACCGACCACAGUAGUUGGUUUUUUAUUCUGAGACAUUGUUUAGUUUGAUAACUUUUUUGAUUUAAAAAGCUUAAAUUUGUGCAUCAAUUCAGACAUGUAAACCCUUGUUGUGCCAGUGGAGUUGGUUGGUAUAUAUUUUCAUUUGUGUGUUGAUAGUA